AUGGCUAUAUGUUUGCGCACAUUUUCACACAAAGUUCUACCGAUAAAUGGUAUUUUUUCGACAAGAAACCACUCCAACCGCUUGUCCCGGAAUAUUCCAGUACGCACACAAUUUCUGGAAGAUUUUCUAGACCGCCGUCGUAUCUCCAGUUGUCAACAUGCCAUUAAGUGUGUGAAUGAUCAUAACAGUAACAUCGACACAUGCGACAUUGCAGUAGGAAAUGGAAUAUUUUCGGCUUCUAAAUGUCUGCCUAAACACAGUAUCGUUACGAAUGAUGAUGAGAACACCAGAUUCGACGUAGAGACUUUUAACAAUGGUUUAGGAAUAAGUCCGUUGGAUUUGACAUCUGAUGAUUAUAUUGAACAGAAAACAAUUCCAUUUAGUUUCAAUGAAAGAGCAUAUAGUUUAAAUGAAAUUGAUUUUAGCAAAUGUGAUGAGAACAUUGAACCAACAUGUCUAUCGGCCUUUGAGAGGGAUGCAAUUAUUUACUGCAGUGGCCCAACCAUACCAUCAACCAAUAUCCAAUCAUCAAGUGAGGGUAAUAGAGAUGGGAAACCGAGUGAGGAGCAACUAAUGAAAGUGUUUCAUGUGCUUUCAAAAACUAUGCCUAACCUAUUUGUUAAGCCUUUAGACUACUCAAUAUAUCAUCCAAACAUGAUUUUUGUUAACAACAUCCGAGGCAUUACUACAGUAGGCCUGUUCCCGUAUGUUAGGCAAGUAGCUCUUCUGCGUACUGUGGGCCAUUUAAAGUUUGCUUAUGUUAAGUUAGAAGUGUUAAAAAUAACUCCAAAUCCAGAAGACUCAACUGUAAAAAUGAGAUGGCGAAUCCGUGGCAUAUCUGGUUUUAAAGUGUUUUUCAUGUUUUGGAGAUAUAAAUUGUGGGAUAUGGAACAAGCUUUUAAAGAUCAAGAAUUGUGGUAUGACGGAUUUUCCACAUUUUAUGUCGGAGGUGAUGGUUUGAUUCAGAAACAUAUAGCUGAUAAGGUAAUGCCAGACCAGGACACUAUUGUUGAUGACGAAGAAAAGGCGCCAAUAGCCGCAAAAAUUGCUCUACUGAUUGGACUUAUUCCUAGGAACUAUCUGUCUGACGUGUCACCGUAUUUCAGUUCCUCAUCAGGAACGGCAGAUACUACGGCGCUACCAUUUAAAGUUCUAGAA